CACCUGAGUUCUAAGCUGUGCUUUCACCCAUCUUGUGGGUGCUAAAGGGAAAUGAAAAGUAUCAGUGAGGACUUUGCUGUUGGGACUGUGAAAUGUGAACAAGUAGCACGCUUUCUCCCAGGCUUCCAGUUCUCUCUCACAUAUCCUGCUCCCAACUCUGCUGAUUACAUCAUAUUAAAGUUUUAGCAUACGUUCCUGGGAUUUCCUCCUUGCUUCAGAAAUUCAUGGCAGAUCAAACUAAGGACACCAUCAACUCCAGCUCUGUAUGGGAACUUUCAGCUUUUUUCUCUUUAUGAUGAUGAAUGAAGAGCCUAUAACUCAUUCUACCCUAAAUGUGAACUCCCAGCAGAAGUGCAAAGCAAAGAACAAAGUUAAGAAUACAUUUCAUUCAACUGAAUUAUCAUUCAUUGAGCAGAGGGAAAAAUACCGAAAACAUAGUAAGAAGCAAAAAAACACAGCAGAAGACAUCUCUGGUGAAGAGAAUUUCUCACCUUCUCCAUGGAGGCUCAUCUCUAGUGUGCUUGGUGCCAUAUGCCUUCUCCUGAUGGCUGUAGCCAUAGCGGUGAGCGUUUCCAUGACACACUUAUCUUCUGAAAGAACAUGUUCCAUGAUCCAGCAAAGAGGACCUCAUUAUCCCUGUCCAGAGAACUGGGUCUGGUUCAGAUGCAAUUGUUAUUACUUCUCCAAGGAAAUGCUAAGUUGGAGAGAGAGUCAGCGUGCCUGCUUGUCUCUCAAUUCCAGUCUCAUAAGGAUAAGCAAAGAGGAGAUGGAUUUUUUCAGUUUGAAGUCUUUCUUUUGGGUUGGAAUUUACUAUGAUGAAACUGUGAGAAAGUGGCAGUGGGAAAACCAUUCUGUUCUACCCUAUGAGAUGUUUUAUGAUCUUGAUACUAAUAUGCAAUACUUCUGUGCAUCUUAUAAAUCAAAAGGAACUUAUUUGGCUGAAAAAUGUACAAAUAAAUUGGCAUAUAUUUGCAAGAAGUACCAUAUUUAAUCCUACGAGGUCACAGAAGAUAUGAAAAUGAAACAUUUCUUAUCAAAUGUUUUUCCUUGGGUGCUUAUUUUCUGGAGAAAACCUUGCAAAUGUUUGCCUUUGCUUGAAUAAAUUCUAUUCAAAUCCA